CGCCAUGUCUCGCACGCUGUCCGCGCUGGGUUCACUGACCAGUCCUGUGUUCUGGAUCGGCGUCUUGGUGCGCGUCAGCCUCGUGGUGCCCGCUUUGCUCAGGUUCUGCUUGCUGGGAGAUGGAAGCGGCGACAACGGCGGCAUGCUGGCGUUGCCGGUUCGUGCCGGUGCCACGGCGCUUGGCCUGGUCGCGUACACGCAGGCGCUGUGGCGCCACCUGGAUGGCUGCCGCCUCCUGCACUGCUCGCCCAUCAUGACGAGGCCCGCGCAGGCGCUGCUGUUGGCGUUUGGAUACGCUGUUCGAGCGCUAUGGGAGCAGCAGACGAACCACGACGACUGGUGAACCCGGUCGAGGCCGUUGGGCGGUGACUGUAUUCUCAGAGCGAACAUCACUUGUGUCAAACAAGAAUGGAGCAUUGGGGGGAGACAAGGGAAAAGUAGGCUUUCUUUCAGCUGAACGUUCAUUGAAAGCGUUUGACGCACAGGCGCACACUCACAGACGGAAAUAGCGAGGAAACAAUAUGCUACUAAAAAAAAGGCAACUACGGCCUCACCUUAAACCCCAGCUCAUUUCGUAACGUUUGUGGCAGUAUUCUUGUUCCAUGUUUUCCUGUGAUUCUACGUAUUUUUGCUUGUCUUUGUUCGUGCGCUGUAAAUCGUGAAUCAGUUGUGCCGUGCGCAUGGAAUAAUAAAUGCUAAAUAAUUACUUUUACGGAAGCGUUUAGGUACCGCCAUAUUGGGCUGAUAACGCUUCUGUUUUCUGUCUUUAACGACGAAGUUUAUGGCACUACAGUCGAUUCGCAAGUAUGAAAACAGUUGUAUAAAUGCGUUCAGCGUUUCAUGACCAUGUUACGUCAACUGCUCAUAAAACUAAGAAAUUGUUUGUGUAACAGCCCAAGAUGGCGGCGCCCGUGAGUCGAAUAUAAAAUCGUCUAUUUGCUGGUAAAAGAGAAAUCUAGCGGCGCCCCUGCACCGCAAGGGCUGCGUGUGGGAGGCGGUGCUUGCAUACGGCGGAUUUGCUCCGCAGGCGCUGCGACCAAACGCGAGCGAAAUAAUGAGAAUGCACUGAAUAAAAUAAAGGCAGCGAUUGCAUAAGCUGCCGCCUUUUUGUAUAUAUUCAUGUGUCUGCUCGUAAUAAAUCUUUUGAAAGAGC